UUCAACGAUGAGGCAACCGGCAGCAGUGAACGUCGAAGCGGACCUCGAGGCCGCCGCUCAAUAUCCCAGGGGGCAUCCGCCAAGGGAAUCACUUUGGGCUACCAUACAGCCCCCACUCACUUGCCCCUUCCCCCCUCCGGGCUGUGGAGCUACUACCAUUUUGAUGGCUUUCCAGCACACAGUCGUCAUGCUUGGCCAGCUGGUGAUGAUCGUCAGCCUCCUUGUCCCAUUGAUGGGGGGUGGAGAGGAGGAGAAAGCUAAGAUCAUCUUGAUCUCCUUGUUCAUAUCCGGGUGGACCACGUUGAUGCAGUGUUUGUUGGGCACUCUGCUUCCUUCGGUGAUGGCAUCUUCAUCAUAUGCCUACUUUAUUCCGAGUAUGGCCAUUGCCGAGAGGUUUGCCCAUGAGGAUCCUUCAAAGCCAGACCAUGAGGACUUUACAGGGUGCACUCAUGAUGGCAUCCCUUUUUCAGCUGGUGAUUGCCUCACUUGGGGUUGCUCAGUUCGGGAGGAGGCUCAGCCCUUUGACUACUACUCCAUUGGUUAUCUUAUCGGGAUUUGGGUUCUUCUCAUCAGGCUUCCCCCAGAUACCAUUAUGCUCUGAGGUUUCAUUUCCAGCUCUGAUGAUUCUAGUUUUCAUCUCGAUUAUUCUGCCUUACAUAUACUACAACAGAUCUACAGAUAUUCAGCGUUGGAGCCCGG